GGAUAAAAGAAUCAGAGUAUCUCAGCCCUUGACAAGAGGACCAAGUGCCUUUAUUCCAGAGAAGGAAGUUGUCCAAGCAAACCCAGUGGAUGAGCGCACGACCUUCCUCGUGGAGGAGUACUCCACUUCCGGGCGUCUGGACAACAUCACGCAGGUCAUGAGCUUGCACACGCCAUACCUGGAGUCGUUCUUGCGGAGCCAGUUCUACAUGCUGCGCAUGGACGGGCCCCUUCCACUGCCCUGCAGGCACUACAUUGCCAUCAUGGCUGCAGCUAGACAUCAGUGUUCUUACUUAAUAAACAUGCAUGUGGAUGAGUUUUUAAAGACUGGAGGUAUUGCUGAGUGGUUGAAUGGUUUGGAGUACGUCCCGCAAAGACUGAAAAAUCUUAAUGAAAUAAAUAAGCUGCUAGCACAUCGACCCUGGCUGAUCACAAAAGAACAUAUUCAGAAGCUUGUCAGAACUGGAGAGAACAACUGGUCUCUGCCUGAGCUAGUGCACGCGGUGGUCCUGCUGACACACUACCACGCUUUGGCAAGCUUUGUUUUCGGCAGUGGCAUUAAUCCCGAGAGAGAGCGCGAAAUGUCUAACGGGUUCAGGGUGGUAUCAGUCAACAACUUCUGCGUGUGUGAUCUUGCCAACGACAACAGCAUAGAAAAUGCGUCCCUGGCAGGCGGCAACUUUGGGAUUGUGGGUUCCCUAAGUGAGCUAGAAGCCUUAAUGGAAAGGAUGAAGAGGCUGCAAGAAGAAAGAGAAGAGGAAGACACAUCUCAGGAAGAAAUGGCCACUCGUUUCGAGAAGGAGAAAAAAGAAAGUCUGUUUGUGGUCUCUGGAGACACUUUUCAUUCACUUCCUCAUUCAGAUUUUGAUGAUGACAUGAUUACAACAUCCGAUGUUUCGCGAUACAUUGAAGAUCCUGGUUUUGGGUAUGAAGACUUCGCCAGAAGAGGAGAAGAGCACUUGCCAACAUUCCGAGCUCAGGACUAUACCUGGGAAAAUCAUGGGUUCUCCCUGGUGAACAGGCUGUAUUCUGACAUCGGACAUCUUCUUGAUGAGAAGUUUCGGAUGGUCUACAACCUCACGUAUAACACUAUGGCCACGCGUGAGGAUGUUGACACAACCACGCUGCGCCGAGCUUUGUUUAACUACGUUCACUGUAUGUUUGGAAUCAGGUAUGAUGACUAUGAUUAUGGAGAAGUUAAUCAGCUACUUGAACGAAGCCUGAAGGUUUACAUUAAGACAGUGACCUGCUAUCCUGAAAGAACUACAAAGCGCAUGUAUGAUAGUUACUGGCGUCAGUUCAAACACUCAGAAAAGGUCCAUGUGAAUCUACUUUUAAUGGAAGCAAGGAUGCAAGCUGAACUGCUUUAUGCUCUUCGUGCCAUAACUCGGUAUUUGACCUGAAGGUCACCAGGGACCGUGGCAUAUAUGUGUAAAGACUUCUUCACAUACAAUUUACAUCAGAAGCUGUUUGUGACGUAGCAUCCAGAUGGUUCACUUCCCUAGCAUCAGAGUUGAUUUUUGUGUUUGCUCCCCCGGCUGUGAUGUGCGAUGGUGCGCUUUGUUUUCUCCUGCUGAGCAGCCCUAACGACCACAGAGGUAGUGCCGAGGAGUGCUGCCCGGUGUUGUCUAGAGUGGGGUUCUGGACACCGAUUGUACGUCAUGACGUGCUUGUUAGUGCUUAACUCAGUGUGUUGGAGUUUGCGUAUCUGUGUAUUUUGUUCCUUUGCUUUUUAAAAAAUAAGGAAAAGCGCUUACAAUCUGCUCAUGCGGUUGUUCUUCAGAUAGUGGAAUUCGGCCAAGAAUGACCCCUUCUGGCCAUUCUGUGAUCUUCAUGUUGUGUCCUAAAUCUGGUAGAGGAAAGGCACGCGCUGUGGAACCAAGCUGCUCCCCGGACACAAAGCUGUGUCCCUAGGAAAUUACUGUCAGGCACUGUGUGUUUUCUUAUUUGUAGCUUUUUAAAACUGCUAUUGGCGAUAACAUGAACUGUGAUGCAACCGUUGUCCACAAUUCAACGUGAACUCAAUCAUGGUGAGUCCUCUAGCAGGCUGCUGAAACGCCGCAUGCAGCCUUUCCUUUCUCCCAUACACAGAAGGCUCCGUUUCCUACCUGAGAUGUACCUGUGGAAGCAGAGCGCGCCGUCCUUGCUGUCCCUGAGGGCGUCCCGGCCACCCAGAGUCACCUGUGACUUGCCCGCCAGCAGGCACAGAGCUGACCGCACAGCCGGACCAAGCACUUGCUCUGCCCACUCUUCCUUUCUCAUGGGUUCUCUGUAUUACAAUAAGCCAAGGACGGCUACUAUGUCUGUGUUUUCUUCUGUUAGGCUUUCAGAAGUUACUUUCCACCGUUUUCUUCUUGCAGUAGGCUGAACAGCUUACACGUCAGGCGAGACUGUUUCUGUGCAUUAAUGUGAGUGAACAACCGAAGAGUGUGCAAUAUGUCCUGAAAGCACUCGGCCAAGCUCCCGCCGUAUCACUGCAGAAGUGCCCUUUUGAACAGAGCCAUAAAGAAAUUUUACUCAAAUUUCUUUAUUGCACUAGGCUUUUUUUCUGUUUUACCUUAUUGGGGUUGAACAAUGUUGUUUUUAUGAUGCCAAAGCAUUCCUUUCCCCAGAAAAAUCUCUUUGGACAACUGGUUUUAAAAGAUGUCAAGUCACAGGGGAGGAGUAUGUGGCCACAAGUCACAUGUUUGCGUUGGUUUCUUUCUGCUUGAUUAGACGAUCCUCAGAGAGCACAACAUUACGUGUUUAUAGCUUUAAUUUGUAUUACGUCAGUGAACCAGUGAAGUGCCUAAAGAGAUGUUUGCAACUAUCCAGUAGGACACAACUGCACUGCUUAAAUACUUUUUGAUUCAUUAAAGGUGACUUGAAUUUUACACAUAUAUGAUAAUUUUUAAAAGCAUAUCCAUUUUUCCAUAGUAAAUAAUAUAGUUAAAUUUUUCCAUUAUAGUUGCCACAGAAAUUUCAUUUUAGACUUAUUUGUAGGACUUUCUCUCUCAUGAAAUAAUCAUGGGCUAAUGUUUCGUUCGGUCGUUUUCCCCUUCUAUCUAUCAUCUGUCUCUAGUACAGUACAUUAGGCUGCUUUCCUUUGACUUUGUUCCAGAUAGGAAAGCAAAACUGACUAUAGACCUAUUAAUGUAAGGUAGUUCUGUGUUUUGGGAUUUGAGGAUCUUGCUUGAAGCCUUCCAUGAGGAAAAAAAUGACUAGUACUUUUCAGGACAGGGUGGUUUAUUUAAAGAGAUGAUUUCAAGAACUCAUGCCAAGUCUCUUGCGCUUUCUUUACUGCGUAUACCAUAUGUUGAUCUUUUUCAAUAUCACAUUGUAUAGAUAGAUAUUUACUACAAGAAAAGUAGUGAAGAGAAUGACAGAAUACAGAUAGCAACAUAAAGUCCAUUUAAUUUCCCGGCUUCAGGACUUUCAAAAUGAGGAUGUCUUUUAUUCUUGUAUUUCUAUUGUAAUUUCUUAAUGAAUAGCCUAUCACUUUGUGCAGGUGAACUGUAUUACAGGAUGAAAAAUGAUUUUUAUGUAUUGAGUAGGAGGAAAAUUCUCACAGAACACCACAAGAGCUUUAGACCAAACGGGGAAGCAAGGUAUAAGUACAGUGGCCACUUUUGUUCUUUGAUUUUUCCCCCAGAAGUAGAAGAAGUUACAGUUAUGGAAAUGAUCAGUGCCUUUAAUGGAUGUCUCUCCUGGUGAAAUUUCUGUUCUGCUCAACAGUGAUCCAUCUCUUCAGUAAUCGGGAGAUUAAGUUGGCUUGAAACUAAAAACAAGGUAAAGCAGUGUAUUCCCAAGCUGGGGAGGCCGGCCUGGCGAGGCUGGCUGGGCUGAGAGCAGCACACUGCCGUGGGCUGCGACCCCUUUACGUCAGAGGCUGGUCACUAGCUCUCUCUGUCCAGUGCAAACUUGAAACUCCACGCGGCUUGCCAGGGUGGUAUUUUUUUUUUCAGAGUAUUGAAUUUAUUAUGUAGUAAUUUAUACUGUAGGUUUUUAUAUUAAAAUGUGAUAUUUUUAAAAAGCUAUCUGAUUCAAUUGGUAUACUGAUGUGGUUACAUGCUAAUCACCUUGGGCUCACACUGUGCCAAACCUCCCUGUGCUCGUCUACGUGAGAAAGCACGUGUGAAUGUGAACUCUAAUUCCUUACUUGUUUUGUUCAAAUUAUUCUAAUAAUUCACUGAAAUAUAUGCUUGAAUAAUGUGCAUUUACCUUGAAAUUUCAAGUUUUCCAGCUUGGAUGAUCCUCCUUUCUCAAAUCACCUUAAGAAAUAGCAAAAUACCCUCCCACAUGAAAAUCCGUCUGCUCCGUAGCCCACUGGGCCGCAGCAAGGA